AGACUGAACAGCUACGACGGUACCGGACGAGUCCCGCGACCUACAUUGAGGGAAUGUGGACGAGAUGGUGGAGCAGGUUCUAACUUCUAAGCCGGCAGGGUUGACCGUGAUCAAUCAGUACGACGAUACUGGGAGUCUGAAAGAUUCCACCAGGCGAUUAAUGGUGAACAUCAUUGUAGCUCACAUGUGUGAAAAGGAAGGGAGAGGUGUAAGUACAGCGACGAAGGAGUUCCAUGCCCUUGGGAUUGUGUCACUUUUCCCAUCUCUGAAGGACCCUUACUCAACAAAAGGAUAUGAACAUUUCUAUGACAUUCAGAGCAACAAAGGCUUUCUCGAGUGGCGUGUCAAGACUGUGCAACGCCAAUCCAAACCCACGUCAACAUUCCAUGACAGAGUGGAGCUAAAAGGAGGUCCAACAUCAUCUAUAAGUUUUGGUUCCAUAGACGACCUGCAAACAGGAGACUACUGUAUGGAGGCCAUGUCUCUUCUUCACCACACCACUGACCAUGACCUAGUCCUCCAGAAGAUGAGAGAAACUUUCCACUAUCGUCAACAGAUGAUCCAUGACCUACAGCAAUCUGCCAACAUACUUCAAAUGUUUCCUCGUUUCUUGGACACUAAGGGACUGAUUCUGCAAGAUUUCUCGUUGAUGUUCGGAUCAGAAACUGCAUCCAGGUUCCUGGAAAGAUGGAACAGCGGUUUUAAAGACAAAGUCCUACAAGAGGCCAGGGACCUUAGAGAGACUCCUCUUCUGAAAAAUCAGCUGAAAUCUGUGCUGAAUGAAGCAUCUGAUACCGAUGAGCCAGAGUGGGACAGCGACAUGGCUUCUCUUCUUGUCUUGCUGCAUCUUCUCACUCCACAACCAGCUGGGAGGAAGCGGGCCAAGAAAAUCAGUGUCAGAGAGGCAAUAGAUCAUCUGGAGAUUUUUCACAAGUCCUGCAAGAGCAUUGAGGAUCACAUGAUGACCAUUGAGGGAACCCACCAGCCGUAUCUUCUGGCCACAGGCACUUCAAAGGCACAAGUUUUCAGCUUCUACAUCGUCUUGGACAAAAAGCUUCUUCCUUGUCAGUCAUGUACAUCCUUGGGUGCAUUUGAUGAGCUUUUCAAGUCCCACUUCGCUUUUAGUGUGACAUAUGAUGAUGCUCUGUCCAGCCUGUACACAUUUCUGCAAACUACUCUGUACAAUAUUGACAUUGGCACAACAGUAGAAGCUCCAAAAGUCAGAGUUGAGAGCAAAGCUCUUGAACAAGCAGUAAUUAACUAAUGCAGCACAAAUGUUUGGAUGUUUCCUCUGUGCUUCAUCUUUUGAUACAGCUUUACUUUUGAUCAGACACCUUAAACUA